AUGAUUGUAUUGUUAAAAAUAGGAUUGUAAAUAUGAAAUUCUUGAAUUUGGGUCAAAGCCUUACUGAAUUUGAAUCUUUAGGCGAUGAUUAAGUUUGAGUUGGGGUGAAUAAAUGUUUAUAUACUUAAUAAUAUUUGAUCUGGAUGCUUGGAAGCACUAAAGCAGAAAAACAAAUCAUAGAUUCUCAUCGUCCUCGUCAGUCUGUGGUUAAUAAUUCGAGCAAAGAAGCAAUCCACGAACCUAGUUCUCUGUGAUUUUACAAUUUUGUUGAAUCAAUAGAAAAUUUGAAAAAUGGACAUUGAAGAAAGACAGGCGGAGCACAUAGACUAUUUUGUGAAGAAGGCUUCCACUCUGAACGGCCCCGCACUAGCAAACGUCGUCGUUGAGGCCACUUCGCACCCUUCUCUAUUUGCUUUCUCCGAGAUUCUCGCAAUUCCCAGUGUUCUCGAGCUUGAAGGAACUGAGAAUAAUGUCUUCCUUGAUUUGCUUCGCAUGUUUGCACAUGUUACUUGGAGUGAAUAUAAGAAUGUUGCUGGUCGUCUUCCACAAUUGGUUCCUGAUCAAGUUCUCAAGCUGAAGCAGCUGACUUUGCUUACUCUGGCCGAGACAGACAAGGUAUUGCCAUAUGACACAUUGAUGCAGGAGUUGGAUGUUUCAAAUGUUCGCAAGUUGGAGGAUUUUCUCAUCAAUGAUUGUAUGUAUGUGGGGAUAGUUAGAGGAAAGCUGAAUCAGUUACGAAGAUGCUUUGAGGUGCAAUUUGCAGCUGGGAGGGAUAUCAGGCCUGGACAAUUAGGCAGCAUGAUUGAUAUUCUAGGGAAUUGGCUGGCUACAUCAGAUAACCUUCUUGUCUCUAUUCAAGAGAAGAUCAAAUGGGCUGACACUAUGGGUGGGAUUGACCAGAAGCACAAGAAGGAGGUAGAAGAGAGGGUAGAAGAAGUGAAGAAGACGCUAUCUAUGAAGAGGUUACAUACUGUAAGCAGGCAGACAUUGACUACCCAGGGCAUGAAGAGAACUUUUCUGAACUUGGUGGAGUAAUGGACUAUGACCAAGAUCGUAAUCGGCCAAAGAGGAGACGACAUCCCGCGAUAGAACUGAGGGAGUCCCUUGGAUGAAUUGGUUGGGUAACUUGCCAUCUUGCAUUCAUGUCAUUGCAACAAAACAAGAUCGAUGCUCGUGAAGAUGUGGUGAUCCCUGUGCCAUUCUCAGCUCGUUCUAGACUCGAAAGUUGACAGGAUCGCUUGUGAUCUGUCACGCCAUUAUUAUUUAUGGUUUUGACUAAAUGAGAACUGAUAACCACUCCUACUUUUGUAAUGCGGGUGGACGAAUAUUAGUGAUGAACAGAAGUUGAGCGUUC